AUGAAGAGAUUUUCGCUAAUACUUUUAUUCUUCAUUAAUUUUAUUGGGAAUAUUGAUUGUGCGAGUGGUGGAUCAUCUAAAGGCACAUAUCAAGUAUUGGAUAGUGUAACGCAUAUACCAUGUAUAACUCUACAAGCUGAUAUUUAUCUAUAUUUGACUUAUUAUACUACAGAUGGAGAGGUUGGUUUGUGAUAAGUGAUUUUUGAUUUAUGAUUUUGAAAGUUCACAUUUCGAAAAUUUGUGGAUAUUCUAGCCAAGUUCAGAGCCUAAUUCUAUUCAAUCAAAUUUUCAGAGUGACGUAACUGUUCACAUUCCAACUACAUCAACUGUCGAUAGUUCAGUAUCAUCAUGCGAUACGAUUGUUUCAACUUCGGGCCUGUCAAUCAAAUCGCAAUUACUCCGAAUACUGCCCUAUCAUGUAUGUAGUUUGAUAGUGUUAUUUGAUAAGUUCAAAAUGUGUUCGUGAUAUACACAUACUGACAGAUAGCUAUUUUUUAAAAGAAGGGGUGUAAGGGAUUGUGGUAAAUCUUUUUUGCAAAAAGAAAUCAAUGCGAAACCAGGGGUAACAUAGGAAAGCAGCAUUUUUUUCAUCUAGUGUCCAGAAACAUUAUUUGUCAAGUCCUAUCGCGUAUUUUUUGAAAGGCUAGUUAUACACUGCUCCACAAAAAGAUAACCUCACCCCUCAUUUUUCAAAAAAGCGAAAAUUUGAAUUUUUUGAAAAAAGUUUGUUUUUGAAAAACAUGUCAAAUUCGGAUACUAAUUCAUCCCUGAAAACAAAUUUCAGAUUUGGUAAGCGUUGAAAAAAAAAAUUGAGAAUUUUCAAAAAAAGCCGAUUUGCCAAUCCACAUAAUGAUAACCUCACCCCAUGUUUUUUGACGAAUUCGGACUUUUUAGUCGGAGUUGGUCACCCAAAAUGUGUUAAUGUAUGGUUGGUGAGUUUUUAAUCUAAAAAAAACACAGUGCCACGUUUCUAACACGUUGUGAGCAUCAGAUUUGGAGCAUUGCGAUGUAAAGAGCAUUUUUCAAAAAAUUUUACAGAUUUUGCUAUUUUUUUCAUUUCUUUUUUCAAUGUUUGACGUUCAAGACGAUCCAAAUGAUCUGUUUUAAGCUCAUUAUGUUAAAAAAAUUGGAAAAAAUUGAAAAAAAGAAGAAAACAAUCGAGAUGCGAAUUUUGAAUUUCGCGCCGAUUGAUAAUUUGGAGCACCCACGACGUAAACUUUUGAAAAUUACUGUUUUUUUUGUUUUUCGAAUUGUUUUCUAAUGAUCAAUACUUUUCUAACAUCCCACAUCAAAUUUUCAUCCAAAAGGCCGCGAGGAAAGCCUCUUUCUGAUUUUGAAAAAGGGCAAAUUACAGCCAAAAAAGAUCAACGAAUUCCAAAUCGACAAAUCGCAAGAGAUUUAGGCCGUAGUCCACGAGUUAUCAAUAAUUAUGUUAACGAUCCGCGAAAUUAUGGCCCCGGAAACUGUCCUGGUCGUCUGAGCUUGCGAUUUGUCGAUUUGAAAUUCGUUGAUCUUUUUUGGCUGUAAUUUGCCCUUUUUCAAAAUCAGAAAGAGGCUUUCCUCGCGGCAUUUUGGAUGAAAAUUUGAUGUGGGAUGUUAGAAAAGUAUUGAUCAUUAGAAAACAAUUCGAAAAACAAAAAAAAACAGUAAUUUUCAAAAGUUUACGUCGUGGGUGCUCCAAAUUAUCAAUCGGCGCGAAAUUCAAAAUUCGCAUCUCGAUUGUUUUCUUCUUUUUUUUCAAUUUUUUCCAAUUUUUUUAACAUAAUGAGCUUAAAACAGAUCAUUUGGAUCGUCUUGAACGUCAAACAUUGAAAAAAAAUGAAAAAAAAUAGCAAAAUCUGUAAAAUUUUUUGAAAAAUGCUCUUUACAUCGCAAUGCUCCAAAUCCGAUGCUCACAACGUGUUAGAAACGUGGCACUGUGUUUUUUUAGAUUAAAAACUCACCAACCAUACAUUAACACAUUUUGGGUGACUAACUCCGACUAAAAAGUCCGAAUUCGUCAAAAAACAUGGGGUGAGGUUAUCAUUAUGUGGAUUGGCAAAUCGGCUUUUUUGAAAAUUCUCAAUUUUUUUUUCAGCGCUUACCAAAUCUGAAAUUUGUUUUCAGGGAUGAAUUAGUAUCCGAAUUUGACAUGUUUUUCAAAAACAAACUUUUUUCAAAAAAUUCAAAUUUUCGCUUUUUUUGAAAAAUGAGGGGUGAGGUUAUCUUUUUGUGGAGCAGUGUACAGUGAGUAAACCUAUUGAUUUUUAAUAGCUAUUCAAAACUAUGUCCCCAAAUACUACUGAAAUAUUUUUUCAAAAGCGAAUUUUUCUAGAUGGAUGGUUGGUCAAUUGAUUUCGCCUUCACAAAAGACAACACUUUCCGCACAGAUAAUGAGAAACAAUAUGCACUUUUCCAAGUGAAUAUCACCGCUAAUUUUGCAUCAGACCCAACUUCUUUCCCAAAUGCCAAAGGUAUGAUAAUCCUCUUCUGAUAGAAAAAGCCAUAACAUUAUUUGAAGAUUCUACUCAACAUUAUUAUGUUCAUAUUGAUCCAAAUGAUAUUUCUGAUAUCUCAACAUCAAUUUACGCAACUUCCGGAAACGCCUAUUAUUGUCCAAGUAAACAGAAAUAUGCAAUCAAUAAGGAUUCUAAAUAUGGACCUUAUGCAUAGUAAGUUUUCACUGCUGAAAAUAAGUUAACAUAACUAGCAAUUUCAGCAUUUUACUUCAAACUACAACUUUGCAAGCUUAUCAAACCGGUGUGUCAUUUGGACAAAGUAAGUCUCUAAUUUCAAUGUUUUCCUAUGAUGUGUUUUUGUAUCAACAGAAGAGACAUGCUCAAGCGACCAAAGUGUGACUGAUAUGAUUCCGAUAAUUGUUGGUUCAUGUCUUGCUGGCUUGAUAAUUAUCACAUUGGCUGUGUAUUUGGUAUGUUUAGUGUGAAAGAUAAGAACCACCAUCAACUACUGUUUUUUUGAUGCAUGCUCAAUAAUCUUUUUUUUUCUAGAUUUAUCGCAGUUGUUUGCCCGAAGAUGUUAUCAACUUGGUCAAUCCGGAAUCACACUAUAAUUAUGAAAAUGCUAUCAAAAUUGAUGAUGAGGAUGAUAUUGCACAUAUUGAGCUAUAA